AUGAACCCAGCAAGACCCAUUACUACUUUCAGGCUAGCCUCUCUUCUCCGUCUCCAAAAAGAUCCUAAACUCGCUCUCAAGCUCUUUAAAAACCCAAACCCAAAUCCUAAAACCCCUUUAAAACCCAUUCCAUACUCUCUUCUCUCUUAUGAUCUCAUCAUCACCAAGCUUGGCCGUGCCAAAAUGUUCAAAGAAAUGCAAGAAAUCCUUGCCCAACUCAAAGAAGAAAUCCGUUUCACCUCCAAAGAAGCUCUCUUUUGCGACAUAAUCAAUUUCUAUGGCCGUGCCCAUCUCCCUGAAAACGCACUCAAAGUGUUUGAUGAAGUGCCUUCGUUUCGUGUCCAAAGGACUAUAAAAUCGUAUAAUUCGUUGCUAAAUGUAUUCUUGAUGUGCAAGGAUUUUGAUAAAAUGAGGGAACUUUUUGUGGGUAUCGAGAAAUUUGGGAAAGCAGAUGCUUGUACUUAUAAUUUAUUGAUUCGUGGGUUUUGUACCAGUGGGAGAAUAGAUGAUGCGUGCAAAGUGUUUGAUGAAAUGAAAAAAAGAGGUGUUAGUCCUAAUGUGAUUACAUUUGGGAAUUUGAUUUAUGGGCUUUGUUUGAAUUUGAGAUUGACGGAGGCUUUUAAGCUGAAGACAGAUAUGGUUAAGGUCUAUAGGGUGUAUCCUAAUGCUUAUAUUUAUGCCUCGUUGAUUAAGAGGCUUUGUGAGAAUGGUGAGUUAAAUUUAGCUUUUAGGCUCAAGGAGGAGAUGAUUAGAAAUAAAAUUGAAAUGGAUUCAGCAAUAUAUUCGACUUUGAUUAGUGGGCUUUGUAAGGUUGGGAGAAAGGAGGAGGCUUUAAUUGUCUGGGAGGACAUGAAAGUAAGUGGGUGCAAACCUGAUACUGUGACUUACAAUGUGAUGAUUAAUUUGUUUUGUAAGGAUAAGGAUUUUGAAGCAGCUUAUAGAUUGUUGGAUGAGAUGGUGGAGAAAGGGUGUAAGCCUGAUGUUAUUAGUUACAAUGUGAUCCUUCGAGAGCUGUUUAAUGAAGGGAAAUGGGGUGAAGCAAAUGAUUUAUUUGAAGACAUGCCAAGACGUGGCUGUUCUCCUGAUGUUGUUUCCUAUAGGAUUCUUUUUGAUGGGCUUUGUAAUGGGAUGCAGUUCAAGGAAGCAGCACUGAUUUUGGAUGAAAUGAUUUUCAAGGGUUUUGCACCUCGUUCUGCCAGUAUAUGCAAGUUUGUUGAUAGUUUGUGUGAGGGAAAGAAUGAAGAUUUGUUAUGGUCAGUUUUUAAUAGUCUGGAAAAAGGAAAAAUCAUUGAUGUAGAUUUGUGGCGGAUGGCUGUUGCCUUGGCACUCAAGGAUGAUAAAAUCUCUAGUUCCUUUGAACUUGUUGAUAGUUUAAUAGAUGUUGUGAACUGA